CCUAUGAGCAAGCAGAAGAACCAACAGGACACCAUGACAAAGGCUGAUGGCAUGAGAGAAAAUGAACCUUCCCCUAUGAGCAAGCAGAAGAACCAACAGGACACCAUGACAAAGGCUGAUGGCAUGAGAGAAAAUGAGGACGAUCGGAAGGCCAUAGAUGGAGCAGCAUCAGCUCAGGAAUCAAAGGUAAUGGAUAAAGAGCAAUUGAAAGCUGAGCAAGAAGCGCAACAGAAGAGACUGCAGUACCUGAAGACUGAGUUGGAUAGAGUUUCAAAACAGAAAAGGCUGAUGGAACUGAAUAAACGGAGGGUCAACUGUAAAGACAUCCUGCUAAGAGAAGUGAGUCAAGCCCGCAAGAACAUUGUGAAGGAGAUUACUCAGCUGCAGGAGUGUUUGAGUAAGAAUCCAUUCUAUGAAGGGAGGAGCAACCUGGACCAACAGGCAAGACUGAGUCCGAUUAAAAAAACAGAAGCUAAAGAUGAAGGGAGUACAAAAGUGGAAAGGAAAGAAGAAUCAAAGAUUACCAAAGGACUGGGGGGAAAGGGUGAUGAAAAUGAGAUUAGUAAAAAGAGUAAAGAGAAAGAAGGUUCUCAUGGCCAAAAAUUAAUGAUUACGCCUGUGUUGAAGAAAGAUAACAUACAGGUUGAGAAGAAGGAAAGUGAGAUAGAGGAAUCCCAAAAGGAGUCAAGCCAGUCAUCUUCUAAAACGUGCAGCUUGCGGAAAACUGAGACAGAUAAUCAGAGUCAAGACCACGAUCUAGCUGCCUCAAAGGCUGAAAGUACUGAGGGAGGCAAAUGUAGAGAAAGCAAGCCCCAGUCUGGAAAUACAGAUUCAAAGCAGAAGGUGACUGUGACAGAGACGCAGAACCCUAGGAUGAGUAAAAGGAAACAGAGGGCUGCAGCUGCAGCAAAGCUGAAACAACAACUCAAUCUGCAAGAAUUUAAGACACUUGACCAACUGGUGGCUGAAGGAGUAGCAAAGGUGCAACAACAAUUUCAGAGUUUUGACAAUCCGCAACAACAAUUUCAGAGUUUUGACAAUCCGCAACAACAAUUUCAGAGUUUUGACAAUCCGCAACAACAAUUUAAGAGUUUUGACUAUCCGCAACAACAGUUUAAGAGUUUUGACUAUCCGCAACAACAGUUUAAGAGUUUUGACUAUCCGCAACAACAGUUUAAGAGUUUUGACUAUCCGCAACAACAGUUUAAGAGUUUUGACUAUCCGCAACAACAGUUUAAGAGUUUUGACUAUCCGCAACAACAGUUUAAGAGUUUUGACUAUCCGCAACAACAGUUUAAUAAGAGUUUUGACUAUCCGCAACAACAGUUUAAUAAGAGUUUUGACAAUCCGCAACAACAGUUUAAUAAGAGGUUUGAAUAUCUGCAACAACAGUUUAUUAAGAGUUUUGACUAUCUGCAACAACAGUUUAAGAGUUUUGACAAUCCGCAUUGUCAUCCUCUAUUCACAUUGCCACCAGGGCCACCAUUGCCACACCCUGGUUCAGGGUUUCCAUACAAUAUGUGCAUUCCUCCAUUUUCGGACAGUUUAAAGUUCACCCUCCAUAGGGCUACAGAGGAGAGGCAACGAAAUAUGAAACGGCAGAAAAGAUAAAAAACAAGAGUGAUGUUUAAAUUAGCUGACAGACUGAGAAUCCCCCUUAUCUGUUAAAGACAUUUUAAUUUCUGUAGUCUGAUAAAUCCUUGUGUCUUUGUACAUCAUAUCAAGAUGUCAGUAUGUACAAUAUACCCUUAUUGCAAACCGCUAGUUCUUUUGCAUUUAAAAACGUGUCUGAAAGAUUAACCACUAGACUCCUUUUCUUUC